AUGUCCAUUCCCUUCUCCGAGUCUGACUUGAGCUCUCAAACACAAGGCUCUGGUUCCAAUACUGUUGGUCUUCCAGAGGGCUCUGUUACUGGCACAGAAUCUCUUCCAGAGCCUACUUCGGAGGGUGACAGUGUGCCAGGAACCAGUACUGGUGAUGUUGACUCUGACGAGACUGCGGGAGGUGCGGGUAACUCCGGAUCUCCUUCGUCUCCGCAGAGUGAGGGCCCUUCACCCACUGGCGUAGUCGUAUCCCCUGGAGAGCAGUCUAGUUCUGCUACAAGCCCUGAGGACUCCGCAAACACCUCUGGCACUGUUUCUGGCUCCCCUGAAGGAUCUUCUGGUACUCAAGUCAAUACCGAAGUUUCUGAUCAACCGACCGGGACUGUUGAUGUACCUGGAGAUUCUGGUAACACAGAUGCCAACACAGCAACAAACUUUCCCACUACUAUCCCUGGUGGCGUCCCUGGUGAUGCCUCUGGCACUGUUACCAACCCUGAAGCUUCUGACACAUCUGGUACUACUACAGUGCCAGGAGAACCUGAAGUUACAGACAGCCCCAUUGGAAUCUCUGAAGGCGUUUCUGGUGGCCCAUCUGGAACUGCUACGAUGCCAGAAGAGGGUGGCACCACUGCUCCUGGUGCAGGUCCUAGUGACGCUUCUGAUACAUCUUUCACAAACGGUGAUUCCAAUCCUACUGGAGUUGCCACAGAUGGUUCCAGCGAUGGAGUCCCAGCUCCUUCCCAUGACUCUACCAAUACGUCGGGUUCACCAGAGGAGACUAUCUCUGCACCUGGUAACCCGGCUACUGGUACCGAGCAAGGUCAAGACACUGCCACACAGACCGGUUCAACUCCCGGCACUGACGAAGCCCCGACUGGUACAGAAACAACAGUUCCUGGCCCUGACCAGCCUGCCACCACUGCUCCUGGGAACACCAUUCCAGAUGACCAGGGCACUUUGACGCUGAGCAACGGUGACGGUUUCACAUCUGCUACCUCUGAAGACGUUACCGGAGAUCUUCCCGGAACUGUCACGACAGAAGCCAAUGAUUCGCCGACCACCAUUCCUGGAAACGAAGACCAGACGACUGGAUCUCCAGAGCAGUCAACUGGUGUCCCUAGCGACCAGAACACAGACGGCAACGCCAAUGAGACAUCUCUGGAUCAAGAUGAUUCCUCAGCCGCCAGCACCACUGAUGCAAACGCUGCUCAGCCAACGACCCAAGCAGACGACGCUACCACCGAACCUGUUCCUGACAACACUGGUGCCUCAUCAACUGGAUCCUCCGAAGUGAACAAUGGCGCUAAUACAACUGAGUCAGGGCCCGUUGAGACAACGGACUCGAACGACGUCCCAUCGACAACACUUCCUGGUCCAUCCGCCACUGCCAACCCAAUCACCACCGCCGCUACUACUGCCACUGAUAUGCCAGUCGUGACGGAAGCCCCUCCUGGUUUCAAUCCCAGCACUGUUACCGGCCAUCCUGAGUGGACUUCCAACACUUGGAUUACCACCACCUCUGAUGGUUCCGAACCAACUGUUGUCCCAGUCCUCGUCGGUUGUGACGACUGUGGCGGGAGUGGCUCUGGAAUUAUUCUUUGGGGCUUCCCUCCUGUCCCAAACACUUGGUUUCAGCUCCCUGGUCUGCCCAAGUUUUCUUUCCCUUGUAUUCCUCCUGCUUCCGGGUGUACAUCAACGCCCGUUACUGAAGAGAGUGGAGAGAAUGACGACGACAACGACGACGAUGAUGAUGACGAAUCUUCUUCAACUACCUGCACUGACAAGGUCACUGUCACUGAUUGCUUUGUUGCCUGUACGACAUACACUGGCCCAGCAGGAGAAACAGUGACCCCGGAGUGUCAGACAACCUGUACCAGGACACAGACAGGAUGUAGUGUCACUGGCACAACCACAACUUCUUCUGCUGCAGCGUGUGGACCUUCUGGAGACAGCGAGUGCACCGCAUGUAGUGUUGACCUUACUGCAAACGACGAUUCUGAGUCAUUGAAGCGAAGAGCUCUUGAACGAAGAGGCGGCGUGGAUAUCAAGACCAACAUCGCAGGUUGUGAUUGGUCUGGUAGUUCAGUCGGUGCUCCAAGAUUCCCAGCGUACCCAGGCGGAAACCACGUUCUGAACAACGAGGCAGCCAUUUCGUCUCAGAACUCUCCCUUGAAUCAGAUCAAGAGAUGGUGGCGAACAACACGCAACACUGACUGUGUACCAUCCCUCAACAACAUUGGAGAAGCUCAGUAUCCCAAGUCAGGUCUGACAGCUGUUGAAGGGCCUUCGAUCGAUCACGUUUAUGAGAAGAGUAUGCUCUUGGACUUUUGGAGGUACAUCAUUGAUCCAACUGCUGCCGCUGUGGUUGGAAUGACUGCCGGUACACCCAACAAGAUCAACUGUGAUGACAUCAAGUCGUAUGGUGGUAUCAACUCGGGCACAAACCUGAUUCAGAGGGUGUUUGACACUUACCCUGGUAGUGCAGAGGUUCUCAUGCCCAGCAAUGCUCAGUUCAUGGAUGACUUUAUUGGUAUGGAUCAGUGGACCAACGGUAAUGCAAAGGCUCAGAUCACGGAUCCUCAGGGAACCAAGGACCAAGCCGACAAGAAGACGACCCCUGGCAAAGCGGUUAAACCUAGCACGAGCAUCAAGAAUGCCGAGAGAUGGAUCAAGGACAAGUUGCUCUUCCUCGAGGCGUUGGCAAUUGGUGUCGAGAUGUUCAACGUUCAAGAGGCCAAGGAUGCUCUCAUUCGACAGAACCUCCGCAUCUACCAAGCUCUUGUCGACAUGGACGAGAACGCCAAGAACUGUAUGAAGGAUGAUGCCGUCAUCAAUGGCGUCUGGUCAUUUGCAGACAAGUACCAAGCUUUCAUGGCUGACAGAUUCACCGGCAAUGAACCUCACUCGAUGAAUCAGGGUGUGAUCCAUGCCAAGGACAAGCUUCUCACUGCACUGAAAACUGAUGUUGCCAAUGCCGCCAAGAUCAAGAACAUUCCUGCAGGUGAACUCAACUCAUGGAAACAGAGGUUGGCCAACAUGCAAGAUGCGAACCGCGCUUGGGAAGUCUCAGUCACUUUCGUUUGGGCUGGGCCGACUACAUCCAAGAGAGAUACUGAUGGUCUCUCUUGUGAUCGUCCCAACCCAUCUUUGACUACUGAGUCUACCAUUGAGCCUACUACCGACUCUACCACAUUUGCGACAUCCAUGAGAACAUCAUCUGACAUCACGACGACCUCUGAAGAAGACGUACCUUCUACAACAGAGCAGGUCACUACCUCGAACAACCCACCUCCCUUGACGGAUUUGCCAACGCUCACCCAGCAAGUCCCCGAUUCCACUAUCUCCACCCCCGAUGGCAGCUCAUGUGCUGAGACUGCGACUAUCACCAACUGCAAUGUCGGUGUCGGAGGAGGUCAUGGUCUCGGAGGAAGUCACGGUGGACCUGCCUGCAUUGAAAGGGAAACCUGCAACUCAUGGGUCAACACGAAGACCACAAGCACAACUCCCUCACCAACGCCUACCCUCAUAAAGCCCGAUCCCGGCCAGAAUGAGAAGCACUGCUACGACUCUGGCCAAAAGUCCAACUAUGAGGCCAUCACCUACGCUGCCGAGUCUUUCUGUCGUGAUGUGGUGAAUGACCAGGUCCAAGGUCCAGUCUGGUCGAACUAUAAGCUUGAGGGCAAAAAGGUACCAAGUACGGGCUACCAUUUCAAGCUUGCGUUCCAAGUGUAUGAGGGGUGUAUAUGGACGGCGAACUAUGAUGAGUGCAUGCGUUAUAUGAAGGUGCCUAUUGAUAGUUGCGACUGCUCGGCCCAGGGUAACAAGCAGGGUGGAUGGGUUGAGAAUAACUGCAUUAUGGCCAGGAUCGAUCCCAACAGUGGUAUUUGA